ACUUACAGAGUUUUGAGAUUCCUCAAGAUCAACGAUAAUGGCGGCGUCAACGAACUCAUUCCUCAUCGGAAACCAAACCCAAAUCCCUUCCUUGAAACCCAAAUCAAUUUCCCAAUCCUUUAUCCACUUCUCCAAACCUAACACCAUCAACCUUACCACCAGAACCAAAUCCGUUUCAAUCCGAUGCGCUUCCGCUUCAACCACCGUAGGAUUCGAGCAACGAGUCUUCAAUUUCGCCGCCGGUCCAGCUGCAUUACCGGAAAACGUCCUCCUUAAAGCUCAAUCAGAUCUCUAUAACUGGCGUGGAUCUGGUAUGAGUGUUAUGGAGAUGAGUCACCGUGGUAAAGAGUUUCUCUCAAUCAUUCAAAAAGCUGAAUCUGAUCUCCGUCAGCUUCUCGAGAUUCCAUCGGAAUAUUCCGUUUUGUUCUUACAAGGCGGUGCCACUACUCAAUUCGCUGCUUUACCUCUAAAUCUCUGCAAAUCUGAUGAUUCUGUUGAUUACAUUGUUACUGGAUCUUGGGGAGAUAAAGCUUUUAAGGAAGCGAAGAAAUAUUGUAACCCUAAAAUGAUUUGGUCUGGUAAAUCUGAGAAAUAUACUAAAGUUCCAUCUUUUGAUGGAUUGGAGCAGACUUCGCACGCCAAGUAUUUGCAUAUAUGCGCCAAUGAGACUAUUCAUGGUGUUGAAUUUAAAGAUUAUCCUGUUGUUAAAAACCCUGAUGGUAUUUUAAUCGCUGAUAUGUCUUCGAAUUUCUGUUCCAAGCCUGUGGAUGUAUCGAAAUUCGGUGUGAUUUACGCGGGUGCACAGAAGAAUGUUGGUCCUUCUGGUGUCACCAUUGUGAUCAUUCGAAAAGAUUUGAUUGGGAAUGCUCGUGAUAUAACUCCGGUGAUGCUUGAUUACAAGAUUCAUGAUGAGAACAGCUCGUUGUAUAAUACGCCACCGUGUUUCGGGAUUUACAUGUGUGGUCUUGUGUUUGAUGAUUUGUUGGAGCAAGGUGGGUUGAAGGAAGUGGAGAAGAAGAACCAGAGGAAAGCUGAGUUGUUGUACAAUGCCAUUGAUGAGAGCAAAGGGUUUUUCAGGUGUCCUGUUGAGACAUCUGUGAGGUCUUUGAUGAAUGUUCCUUUCACGUUGGAGAAAUCGGAAUUGGAAGCUGAGUUUAUUAAAGAAGCUGCUAAGGAGAAGAUGGUGCAGCUUAAGGGACAUAGAUCAGUGGGAGGUAUGAGAGCUUCUAUUUACAAUGCAAUGCCUUUGGCUGGUGUCGAAAAGCUUGUUGCUUUCAUGAAAGAUUUUCAGGCAAGGCAUGCUUGAUUCUUUUUUGCUUUCUGGCCAUCAUGUUGUGUAUUAUUAAGUAAGCUUUUAUGCUUAUGUGAUUUUGAGUUUUUGUUUCUUCUUCAUCUACUUGAAUUCCAAUUGUCUGCGGAUUUUUUUCAGUAAUAAUAAUUUGAGAUGCUAGAUUUCAUUUUUAAGAAAGAAUCAUUUACACU